AAUUUUGCGUCAAAAUUUCUGUAAAUUAGUCUUGUUGGUGCCCCGUUAUAUACUCUUUAUUUAGUCCAAAUAAUGUAAACUUAAAGAACGAUAAUGUAGCUGUUUGGUUUAAUUAAUAUGUAUAUAAUGGUUUGUAUAUUUAAGAUAACAGUAGACACAGCAAUUUGCCGGAAAAAUUACUAUUGUGCGUUAUACACGCAAGAGUGUAUGUCGUGUAUUUUGUUAAAUUAAAUAAUAUAUUCGUAAAAAUGUCGGAACUUGAAAAAUUUAUUAAACAAGCUACUAUGCAAAUUGGUGCUGGUGGAAGUGCAGGUUUUGUAGAAGUUUGUAUUAUGCAUCCCUUGGAUCUUGUUAAAACAAGAUUGCAAAUACAAGCUACAAAAUCUUCUGCAUCUAGUGAUCGUCAUUAUUAUACUGGAAUAGUGGAUUGCAUGAAAAAGAUGUACAAAUAUGAAGGUUUAACAUCUUUCUGGAAAGGAAUUUUGCCGCCAAUUCUUGCAGAAACCCCUAAAAGAGCAGUAAAGUUUGUAACCUUCGAACAGUAUAAAAGAUUUUUUAUGUUUGGUUCCAGUACACCGACACCGCUAACAUUCUCAUUAGCCGGAUUAGGAGCUGGCAUAACGGAGGCAAUUUUAGUUAAUCCUUUUGAAGUGGUCAAAGUGACUUUACAAUCAAACACUUCUCUAGCAGCUCAAGUGCCGAGUACGUGGUCUGUUACGAGACAAAUUGUUAGAGAGCAUGGCUUAGGGUCACGGGGACUCAACAAAGGGUUAACAGCUACCAUAGCAAGAAAUGGCGUAUUUAAUAUGGUGUAUUUUGGAUUUUACCAUAGUGUGAAGGGAUUGGUUCCGGAGUAUCAAGAUUCAAUUAAGGAAUUUGGCCGAAAGGUAGCUAUAGGAUUUACGGCUGGUGUUCUCGGUUCUUGUGUGAAUAUACCAUUUGAUGUUGCCAAAAGUCGUAUCCAGGGCCCUCAGCCUAUACCAGGAAUCGUAAAAUACAUAUCAACUACAGGAGCAAUCGUCUUGGUUUACAGAGAAGAAGGGUUUCGAGCCCUCUAUAAAGGUUUGCUGCCUAAAGUCCUUCGGCUGGGUCCCGGUGGUGCUAUAAUGUUAGUGGUAUACGAUUAUGUAUAUCACUUUUUAGAGAACAGGUUUCAAUAGUUCAUUUAUAAUAAAUUAUAAUUAAUUUAUGAAUUCCGUAUACGACUAUCCAAGGAGUAUUUAAAUCCGUGCAAACAAUGUUGUUUUUAUGUAAACUAUACGAGACAUUACUACUGUAUUUAAAGUAGAUAUUACGCAAUCGAAUUCUAUGUAAUUAUGCUUGAACGUCAACAGGUAGAUAAAAUUAAUACUAUUAUGUAUGUAAAAUAUAAAAUCUAAAAGCUGUGCCAUAUAAUUAUACGAAUAAACUCAGCCCCUCUAGAGUCAUUUGUCCAAUGCAUAUAUUACAAUAAUAGAAAAUAUAACGCUUUAUCUAGAGCAUUGGAAGUAUUUGUCUAGAGUGUUGGAAGUAUGAGUCCCACUUAAAUAUAUGCAAUAUUUACUUAUAGUAAAAAUAUCCCGUCUAGACUAAAGAGGUUUCAGUCUUGAACUUUUAUAACAAGUUUUUAACGUGUGAUAGACAUUUCAACUGUAAUGUAGUAUGUACCCUAGAUAUACUAGGUACAUAUGCAAACAACUCGAAAUAAUAUCUCGCUUAGUAGAGGAGGUACCUUGGCACGCUACAUUUUAAAGCAAGAUAAUAUUUCAGAUAGGUUUACCUGUGUCACAGCCUGUGCUAACCUAAAAUACUGUCCUGAUACUUUUUGAAUUGUAUAAAUUAUAGGUUAAGACAAAGAAAGACCUUGAAAAAUUUAAUAUUUUCCAAAGAACAUAGUUAAAAUAUUAAAGGUUAUUUUCAAUCUAUUAUACAAAAUCUACGAUUGGGGCAUAGUUUUAAAGAAAGUAUUAAAUAAAUAUUACAGAAUAAACAUAAGCGUACUUAUCGCUCAAAGAUAUUCCAUUUGUCAGGCUGUUAUCAGAGUUCUUCGGUAGAUGUUGGGAAUAAUGCUUGUUAUAGUAUAUUACAGUAGUCAAAUAUAAAUAUCUUGUUUAUUUAAUGUUGUUAUAUAAUCAUAUUGUUUUGUGAAGAAGAUUACUAUCAUUACAGAUAACAUUGACCCGAGUGUAUGAUAUUUGAUAAUAAAGUAAUUGAGUUUUGUAUUAAAUUCAUUUAAAAACAAUGAAACGAUUUAUUGCCUA